AUGUUCCUUAAAGCAUACUGGAAUAAUAAACUGUCUCCUGCAGCGAUUACUAAAUACGCAAGCGGAGCCGUUAGCAGAAGCUACUUACAGAUUAUUAUUUUUUUACCUUCAUCAAACGUUAUUAACACUUUUUCUGACUCCGUGUCCAUUUUAUCGCAGACUAAACUCCCCGUGGAAGAGUACUUGGAGCCGUUGCAGGUGAACAAGGACUACUGUGACAUCACAUACCGACAGAAGGACGACUCGCUGCUAGGGUACAUCCUCAGCAUCUUCGAGAACCGGUUCGGGAUCAGACGAGAAACAAACGACGACCAUCACUCUGAGGACUCAGAAGGUGAUCCCAAAGAUGGCAGCGAGGACCCUGGCCGCAGGUGGCCAGAGGAGCGCAAGUCAGGCAGGACCAACAUGGCGGACCGGCCUCUCCCGGUGCCGGUUGAGAACGAGCCCUACUACAUGAACGUGGACAGAGCUGAGGCACAGAACUUGCUGAAGGGACAACCUGAUGGAACCUUCAUUCUAAGGCCUUCUAGUCAGCCGGACCACGCGUAUACUCUCAGCGUGUCCUGCUCCAACGCCGUCCACAACGUGGGCGUCCGGCGCAGGCCUGACGGUCGGCUGGCGCUCGGUUUCCCCCGCCGCGGCGAGCACAGCUUCCCGAGCGUGACGUCAUUGCUGCGACACCACAGGAAAAGACGACUGCUGUUAGUCGCGGCCGGUGACGUCAUCGGAGCUACCACCCUUAACGAAACACCGCACUACUAUCAGAGCCCUAGCAGUCUUCCAGUACCCAUUGGGAAUUGAUGAAGCAAGUUAUUAUUGAUACCCGAAUUUCGGUUUCAUUUUUAGAGUACGAAGCUCUAAAAUUAAAUGAAGUCAACGUUGAUGAUGAUAAAAAAACCGAUGUGUCUACGAAGGUGAUCUUCGAUUGCCAAUUAUUUUUACUUUUUGAUCGAAUGUUUGCCAAGUCAUUUGUAAGAGUUGCGUAUAAUCGUCGAUUUAAAACGAUUCCUUUAUUAAUAGUCCAUUCUUGAGUUAUUCCGUAAUGGUUAGUGACUAUUAAAUAUAAUCUACUACAAUUCCUCGGCAAUGAUUUUUGUAUGUAAAUAUAAUUCAGUUUAUAAUAAAAAAAAAAUGAUAUUACGCUGUUAACGUCCAGACUGUUAAUGAGUUAAACAAAGCACCUAAUAAUAAAGUUUUCCCACCUAA